GAAGGGGAUUCGGGGUGGGACUGACAAUCCUCAAUCCGCAGAUGAGACCGUCGCGUUGUCCAGCGGGUCUCACUCCACCGUGUGUGUUUCCCGAACUCUCUCCUGAACUUCAAUAGUGCCAGAAAAAAAGCACUAAAUCCCAACCAAAAAGCUGGUGGAGCUAGCUAGCUGUACGCUAGGAGGAUCUCCCCCCCCGCCCCACCCCCAAACUCCGAACUACUACACACAACUCGCGCGUCUCGCUGACGAUGGCGCGCUGAGCAGCUGAGAGGAGCGCUGAAGUAGUAGCGAGGAGACCACCACUCGAGACCACCACACGACUAUGGAGGAGCGCAGGGAGGCGGGAGUCUAGACGAGUUAUCACAACUGCAGGCUGAAUCCAGAUUACGCGUUUUUUUAAGCCCGUUUGACUAGACAGGUCCCACGAUUUAUUUAUAUUUUUUAUCGGAUUUCAUUCUUAUCGCUUUUUGCACGCAAGGAUGCACGAAAAGGACGCGAGGUGUAGCCGGGGAUGCUGGCCGACGGCGCUGCUGCUGUCAUGCGUCUUGGCUCUUCUCCUGGUCCCCCUGCCUGUCCGUGGCGGUACAGUUGCAGCCAACAUCACCGAAGCGGCUGGGCUCGUUAAUCGCAGCUCCCUGCUUAACGAGGGGGCGGGGCCGGAGCAGGUUGACGAGGUGCUGACCGCGGUGACCGGCGCCGGCCUGGUGGCAGCGGUGGCGGCGGCGGGCAGGGCCGGGCGCGUCGCGCGUGCCGGGGAGAAAGACGAGCAGGGCAGUGGCAUGUUCGGAGAGACCGCCGUGCUGCCCGCCGUGGAGGAGGUGGGCGUGGCCGCCCCUCCCCAGCUCAGCCCCGACUCAGCGGAGACGGAGCUCUUGUUGCCUAGCAACCCCCGACGCGAGGAAGCGGCGCCGCCGACGAGCGAGAAGGAGGAGGAGGAGGAGGUGGGAGGCGAAGAGGAGCGAGAGGCGGAGCCCACCAACCCGCCGUGGCUGGUCGCCAAGGACACCUCCGUGUUCGACCUGGACCCCCGCCUCCUCACCACCACGCCCCCGCCCCCGGGCGCCGUCAACCCCUCCCACCCGGACAUCCUCCACGUGGACUUCUUCGACCAGGCGGCGCGCGGCCGCAGCGACCUGGCCCCGCCCUCCCCCUCCUCCCUGGCCCACGAGCUGCAGGGCGGGGACCCCACCUCCUGGGCCAUGCCCGACAGCUACGACUACCUCACCCCCUACGACGAGGGGGUCUCGCCCACCGCCGACGAGUACACCUACAGCACCACCACCGAGACCUACGACAGCGCCGAGGACCCCAGGCUGGCCCCGGGCCGCCCCGGGCCCCGGGCCCCCGAGGACAAGGCCCCCCUGCCAGGAGGGGGCGCCGCGGCCGAGAGCCCGGACACCCCGAGGGUGCCGGUGUACGCGGUGGACGGGUCUGACGGGCUGGGGGGCUGCCGCGUGGGCUACCAGAUGCUGAACGGGAGCUGCCGCUCGCCCUGUGAUUCGCUGACCAACUACUGCUUCAACGGAGGGCAGUGCUACCUGAUAGAGGGACAGGGGGCGCUCUGCAGGUGUAACGUCCAGGACUACAUCUGGCACAAGGGGUCCCGGUGCGACGCGGUGGUGACAGAGUUCCAGGUGAUGUGUCUGGGGGUGGGGGCCUCUGCCCUCGUGCUCCUGCUGCUCUUCAUGAUCGUCGUCUGCUUCGCCAAGAAGCUCCACGUCCUCAAAACCGAGAACAAUAAGCUGCGCAAACGCAGCAGUAAGUACCGGCCCUCCUCGGAGCAGCACAAUGAUAAUUUCUCCCUGUCCACCAUCGCUGAGGGCUCCCACCCAAAUGUAAGGAAACUGUGCGACACCCCCCCUAACGUCCCUCAUGCCCGUGCAUUGGCUUACUAUGAUAACAUUAUCUGUCAGAAAACCAUGAGCAGAUACACCUGGGAGUGUAAGACCAAAGAGGAGUCCGACUGCCAGGAUGAUCCUGGCUCCCAGAACAAGCUGGAGGACCCGGUGAAGGCCUCUCCCAGGGAGGACGACUCCCUCAACAUCCACAACUCCCUCACCCCCAAACACGAGAACCACAAGGUGCUGGGCGAGGAGAACUCCUCCGAGGUAAACUCCCUGCAGAACAACAUGAUGUGAAGACCGCCCCCCCCCCCCACCCCACGACUCGCCGCAACCCCCCCAUCCCAUCCCCCUCCAACCACCAACCAACCAACCACACCCUUCAACCAGUCACGCUGCCACGGAGAGCCAGUCCCCGCCCCAGAACCCUAUGGAUCCCGCCCCCUUUUCUCUCACCCCCCCCCCCCCCCCCCCGGACUCCCCCCUGGCUCUCCACCAGCUGAUCAAGAGCAACCAAACGGGUUACCAUGUCAAACAAACCAGCAAAACCGACCAACCGUCAACCAGACCAGCCGACCCAGUCUUGAAGACCAUCGCCGCCACGGCUACACUGCCAACCAGCAGCCUGGGCUGCUGAAAAACAGAAACCUCACCACCACUCUGCUGCCGCCGCUACCUAUACCGCUGCUUCAACCCCCCCCAUACCCCCCCCCCCCCCUCCCCAUUGUUAAGAAUACUGCUGCCCUUCGGAAGCCCCGCCCACCCAACCCUGCUGUUGCAAAGCAACGUCCACUCAUGCUCCCUGCCUGGCAGCUCCUCCCCCUUUCGUUGCUGUCAAUAAAAUCUUCUCCGGCUACUUGCUCACAUACAUACGCACACAUGCACACACGCACACACACACACACACACACACACACACCCACCCACACUGAAAUGCGCACACACACACACAUACAUACAUGUAAACAUAUUUAUAUGCACUUAUAGACACACAGGAAUACACACACUGCCAUCCACACUUACUUUCAGAAGACAUAUUUCUGAAAAAUACACACAUUUAUAUAUGCACACAGACAUUUAAACACCCAUACACAGUCCCCUGCCUGCAUUGAUGUAUUUUGUAAAAAGAUUGAAGAAAAAAGCAUACAUAAGAUGAAAAAAGAAGUUCAACAUUAUUGUAAAAAAAAUAAAACAGAUAGAAGCUACUGAGAGAUGUUAAUGUUUGUCUGACUAACCCCGUGAGUAUGUAUAAAUAUUGGAAGAAAAAAAUAUGCUUGGAUUGAUUUUAAAAAAAGAACACAAUGUGUCUUGGUUUUCAUUGAUGUGAUUUCUAAUCCUUUGAUGUACUUGUUUUUAUUUUGUACUUUUUUGGGACUUCGAACUGAAAAAAGAUUGAGACAGCUGUUGAAAUAAACCUUUUUAACAUGAGAA